CGUACAAGCAAUGAACUGUCUUCUCGUUCAUUUCCUCGUAGCCGCUGCGGUUUCGUCUGCAGAGAAUGUUCGAGUGACUGUCCCACUCCCAAAUGGUUGCGCCAGCCCAGAAGAGUGCGAAGUACAGCGGCAUUACCAACAAACACAUCUGGAAUGUGCGAAACAUUGCUGGUUAGACCUGGACAACCAGUGCACAGAAGGCUGCACCUGCAUUCCAAGGCCAGAUGUGAACGAUGGAAAGGAGGGCUAUUGCUUUAAUGCGACUAAGCCUCUUCCGGAACAUUUUCUCAACCUAUCCUGCACCCAUCCUCCACCUCCCCCUUCCAAGAAGUGAGGCAAACAGCGCCACAAGAACAGACCACUACACUUUAGUAAUAA